ACCCAACACCUUACCCAUAAACACUUCCACCACUCCAGCCAGUACGAGUCUACGAGUACGAGUUCAGUGCAAUAAAUCCUAAGCAGCUACAGAUCGCAGCUCAGCUCGGCCUCAGAAUCAAAUUAAAAUAAAUAGAAAAAGAAAUAAUUCUUGCUGCCUUCGAAAACUAAUUAAGAAUUUCAUAAAACAUAAGAAAAACGCCUCAUUAAUUUUUACCCUCAUCAAUUGACGAAAGUUUUUUUUAACUAAACAACACAAUAAAAUAGAAAACUGCCAAAUUAAAAAUGAAUACUCGCGACAGAAUCCACAAUCUAGAAUUAAUCUACGAAGUUUGUUGUGCUGAAAUGAAAAAACUCCAAACGACAAUAACAGAAUUUCUAGAAGAAAGUUCCAUGACUCUGCAAGUGAUACGCAGCAAAUUGGAAUUGGACAAAACUGACAAGGGAGUCGAUGUUUACUCCUUAAUUGCUUAUGACGAAUACCUCACCAAAUUAUCAACGACAACCGAAAUGACUCGGAAAUUUAAUUUACAUUUGUACUUCCAAGGAAAACAACAAAACCUCGAUAUAGAAAACGUUUGCAGUCAAGUUAACGCCCUGAACUUUACGUGCGGCGAUGAAGAAGAAUCACCAUCGCCAGCGCCCCAAUUGGCUCUCGGUCACGAGCAAGAACACGAACACGAAAACGAACCAGAGCACGACCCAGAGCCAGAGGCAUUGUUUCUUUAUGAGAAGGCAAGUAUUGACCAUUUUGAAGUUCAUUCGGUAAUCGAUGCGUGCGUUGUGUAUGUAGACCGUCAAUCGUUGUCGCUUAAUUUUUCCAUUUGCGAGAUUCGCAAUCCCCUGAUUACGGCCUUGUUGCAUCUGCAAGUGACCCUGAACGGGAAUUGCAGCAAAUUCGAUAGGAUUCCCGACCCGAAUGAGGUGUUUGGGCUGGUGAUAGAAAAUCAGCUGUUUAGGGCAGUGCGGGAGAACACACGGGAGAUUCGAGAGAAGUACCUGGCGCAUCUGCUCGAAUUCGGGGAAGUAACUGAGAUCAAUAGUCUGAGCGAGAUGUACCAUUUGCCGGAGAAAUAUCGAGAUAUUCCGGCGCAGGCAGUUCAAUGCGAACUGGUGUCGGUGAAUGGUAACAGCAACUAUGACCUGCGAAGGGCACUCCUGAAGUAUGAAUGCACCAAGGCCAGGUUCACACUCGUCAGGAAGGAUGACUCGAUUCUGUAUAUGAAUCUGGUGGAGAAUGAGGAUGUUCCAGUGGUGCGGCAACCCUCAGAGACGAAUCCCUUUAAAAGCAAUGGCUAUGUCCAGGAAGAAGAGCCUGCUGAAGUUCCCAGCAAGACCAACGGCUUCUCCCAAGUUGAGCCAAGCUCGUCCCAUCCCCAAGGAGCUGAGGGAAUUACAUUCAAGAAUACAGGCUAUCCGGAUGAACAGGCGGCCCUGGCUGGCAGCAAUGGUCUCACUCAAGCCGAGUUGGACGAACUAUACGAGGAACCGGUUCAGACAACUAACGCCAUGAAGGCCGUCAUGGGUUACAUUCCAAAGGAUGAAGCUCGAAUCUGCAAGUUCUACAAUCCGGUGACCAAGAGUUGUUUCAAGGGCAGCAACUGCAAGAUGGAGCACACCGCGAUCAUGCAAGACGGCUGGACCAAAGACACCGAGACUGUCCUCAUCGAUGUGUGUGUUCCGAUGGCAUAUCCCAAAGACGGCACCGUUCUGAGAGUAAUUCCCACUCAUAUCGUAGACGUGUGCACUUUCUACGCCCAAAUGGAGUUCAGUGAACGAAACGACAACCCCCUCUUCUGGAGUUCCCGAGAGAUUCCCGACAAGACGAAGCUCAAACGACCACCAUUCCAGUUCGACAUGGUGCUAGCCCAAUUCACCGAUGGCAAUUGGUAUCGCGCCCAAGUCAUGGACAGCUUCGAAGACAACACUUUUCGGGUGUUCUACGUAGACUAUGGCAACGAGGACAUAGUCCCAUUGUCGUGUCUGGCCGAAUGGAACAAGAAUCUAUCGAGUUACUCAUUCCAAGCAUUCCGUUGUCGGAUUGUUGGCAUCGCCAAUGCCACCAGAAACAAAGUCGACGAGGACAACGCUUUGAAGAUCAUCGGCGGAAUGAUUCUGGAUCAAUUCGUAUCCGUUCGAGUUCUCCACUCGACCGAUGAGAUGUUGGUGGAGUUCAUCGAUAAGAACUGCGCAAAAUUGCCCGACAUCCUCAUAUGGCAGCGAUUUGCCACUCAAGUUGAGCAAAUUUUAUAAUUUAUUUAUAUUAAGA